AUGGAAAAUCUAUAUAAUAGAUUAUUUCCCAGCAAAAAUUCAGUCGAAAACGAAGAUGAAAUCCAAGUCCAAACACAAGAUAAUGAUACAAGUUUUGAAUUUGAACUGAAACGAGCUAUUGAGGCAACAGCAACAGCUACAUUAAGUAAUGCCGAAGUUCAUAUCACCAAAAGCUUGAUAAAAAAAAGAUCUUCAGCUUUUUCUAUCAACAGGCAAAAGAACACCAAAUCUUUAAAAUGUAUAUCAAGCCUUGUAAAGCCAUCAUCUACGGAAAAUAAAAGGGUUUCCUCAUUAUCUGGAAACUUGGUUACAAUAAUAAGAAACCGUUUAUCAGAUAAUGCUGUUAACGCUCUCACAUACUUUACUGGAAACCAAAAAUAA